GGCGGAACAGAAGGUGAAGAGAGAAUUUUAAGCUCAAGGUUACUUGAUGAGCUCAAGGACCAUUGGCUGUCAUAAGAGAUGACUUUUCUGCUAACUUCAUCAGCUCUUCCAAAACAUAUUAAACCGCCUCUCUCCUUUAAGAGCAUAUCGGCGAAAGUUCCCGCCUCUGUUAUCCUGCUUCAGAUGUGCCAUGACUUCCGGGAAGUAAGGCAAUUACAUGCCCAGUUUGUUGUAUCAGCUCUUCUUGAUCACCCUCUGAAUUUUGGGAGGCUACUGAAUUCGUAUGUAACAAUGUCACAGAUUGGUGAUGCCUUGUCGGUUUUUGAGGCAAUUCCUUCCCCUGAUGUGUUUGCUUACAACACUAUGAUCAGAGGCUUAAUUCAGGGAAAUUGUCCUUACGAUGCAUUGUUAGUUUAUCAUAAACUGUUGCUUGGUGGCUUUACACCAGACAACUACACUUACACCUUCGUCCUAAAAGCUUGCUCCCAUUUGAAGGCUCUAUCUGAAGGCCAACAAGUGCAUUGCCGGAUAAUUAAGGCUGGAAUAGCCCCGGAUACUUAUGUUCAUAGCUCGGCAAUACAUUUUUAUGCAAAUUCAGGUAGCAUGGAUGAUGCAGAACGUGUUCUUGCAGAAUUCACUGAAGAGAACACGCUUGCUUUGAACAGUAUGAUUUCUGGGUACCUGAGUUUAGCUCUUGUAGAGAAGGCUAGGACAAUGUUUGAUAACAUAGUAAGAAAAGAUGCAGCUACUUGGAGUGCAAUGGUGACAGGAUACACCAAGAACAAAAUGCAUGUCGAGGCAUUGACUGUAUUUCAAGAUAUGAUUUUCUCCGGUGCCCGACCAAAUGAAUCAGUACUAGUGAGCUCGCUAUCGGCCUGUGCAAAUCUUGGAGCAUUGGAUCGAGGAAGAUGGAUUCAUGGAUACAUAGAUAGAACUGGGAUUCAGAUGACAACCACUGUAGCUACUGCCAUUAUCGACAUGUAUUCCAAGUGUGGAAGCAUAGAAUGUGGUUACCAAAUGUUUCAGGAGAUGCCUCGAAGAGAUGUUGUUGCUUGGGGAGCUAUAAUUUCAGGUUUUGCUGCUUAUGGACAAGCAUGGAAAUGCUUUGAGCUGUUGGAUGAAAUGGUUGCAGACGGGAUUCAUCCAAACGAAGUCGUCUUUGUGGGCAUAUUAACAGCCUGCUCUCAUGGAGGAUACGUUAGAAAGGGGCAACAAUAUUUCAACAGGAUGGUAAAUGAGUUCGGGAUCAGACCGACCAUUGAACAUUACGGAUGCAUGGUAGAUCUCCUUGGCCGCGCUGGGAUGUUGGCAGAGGCAGAUGAGCUCAUCAUGUCUAUGCCAGAAGAGCCUAAUGCUGUUAUAUGGGGUUCAUUACUUCAUGCUUGUAGGAUGCACAAUGACCUGAGGAGAGGUUACAGAGCGUAUAAACGCUCAAUUGAGCUCGAGCCCUCCUUGGGAGACCGAUACAAACUAGCAAGCCUUAUGUUUGCUAAUGCUGGGGAAAAAGAAAUUGCUACUAAUAUAAGGAAGUUAAUCAAGAAAAGAGAACUAGAGACACUGCGCGGAUCAAGCUUUAUAGAAGUAGAUGGCAAUGUACAUGAGUUUGUAGCAGGUGAUAUAAAUCAUCAAGAGAUGAGAGAGAUACAAAGCAUUUGGUAGUAGUAUGCAAAUGAUGAUACAAAGAAUUACA